AUGGAGCGGCGAUGGAGCAGCAUUCGACAAGAUGGGUUCAAGACGCAAUGCCACGCGCUUUGGGUAGGGCCAAAGGUUGUGUACCGCGUCACAAUUGAAACAACCAUCAUGAACGACAGCCAACAAGAUGUGUUGUGGGUUGCAGCCAUCAGCAAGUCGAAGCUCCAAAUAUUUCAACACGAAAUCAUGCCCCUCUUGCAAGCCAACGACACAUCUAUGGGACCUCGCAGCCACGACGGCGAAGUCGAAGCAUUGAUGAAUCGUGUUGACGAAGAAGUGCAGCGUGUGCUUGGAGGCAUCUUCACCGAUUCGACCACGGACCACAAGGGAGAGAACGUGGAGAGCUUCGUGACGUCGCUCUUGAACGUGUUUGGACUCCUCACUAGCAUUCCUCUCGACAACAUCGACACCUCGCUGCUCACAAACGAAAUGCUCCAAUUCUACGUCCUGCUGCGAAACUUUCUCGCCAUUCCCGAUGGUGUUCAGCACGCGCGAAACAAGCUCGCGCUGGCUGUCUUGAGCAUGAAGGACGUGGAGGAUUUGCCAGGAAAUUGCUGCAACGGAUCGUGCAGCAUAUGCCUCGAGCCAUGGGACUGCACCCCAAAUCUUCCACCGACAGUAAAACUCCCAUGCGACCACGUUUUCCACGAGGACUGUGUCAUGGUGUGGGUUCGACAGAGCGUCAAGUGCCCCGUCUGUCGUGCGCCGAUCGGCCAGAUUCCCCUUCGUUAG